AGCUGCGUCGCUAGGAGAAGGCAACGAUCGAAAGGAUGAUUUGAUUGUCGUAAGCACAGAAAUGACUCUCUCGCCAUUUGUGUUGCUCAGGAGUUGCUCCUCUCUUCGAUUUUGUUGGCGGCGAUGUUUCCGAGUUGUUGUAGGUUUAAUUUUGGUAUGUGUGCUUGGGUUGAUGUAUCUUACGAUAAAUGCUCCACGAGACAACUUCCACAUCAAGACACUUAAAGUACAUAAAGGUUGCAAGCACGAGGCAAAUUGUGGGACGAAACCAACUGGCUUCUACAACGCAACAAGAACAACUACAUUUACAAGCAAGGGUAGUAUCGAGAAUCAACAUUUAGCAGUUAAAGCAGGGUAUUUGAAUGUCCACACAUGGUUUGGAAUAUGUGGAACAGCAGUUGAUAAUUUGAGAUUGUGGCCUCAUUUUCCAUAUCUGCCGGAUAAGCGUUCCUCUAUUUGGGGAUUUCAAAGAACUCAAGACCAUGCUACGGACAGUAAUGGCGAAAGAAUUUUUGGUUUCGUCCACCCGCAAAGAGAUGGUAUUUACCAAUUUGCCAUUACUUCAGAUGAUGCGUCGGAGUUAUGGUUGAGCUGCAAUGAAAGUGUUGCAUUUAGUGAAAGAAUCGCCCGUGUUUACUCUCCUAGUGAGUCUGCUUGGACUGAAGAAGGAGACUACCAGAAAUAUCCUGAACAAAUAUCUAAAAAGAUUACCCUUCAAGCCAAUAAGAGAUAUUACAUCGAGACUUUGAGUAAGCAAGGUUCAGGUGCAGCUCAUGUGGCUGUAUAUUGGUCCUUCAAUUCUUCAAAGUUUGAAAUAAUAUCUUCAAGGUUCUUGUCCAAUUAUUCCGAAAGCAAGAAUCAUGAAUCUAUUCCCCCGCACGUAGGAAAACUAGGGGUUAUCUCAAUUCAAGGCAUACAAGACUGGAUUGAAGAUAAGGGCAAUUUAUUUCAUUUCAAUCGUCUCCCACUAUUAGAUAGAAAAUUAUACACUAGUUAUAUUCCAACAUGUCCUUACAGUCCGAGCUUUCUGGUACGAAGAAAACUCCAGCCACAAGAGGCUGCGUGGAAAUGGAUGGCAAAUGAAUCAUAUGUUUACCCAAAAGAUGAUACUGACAUGAUCACGAGUAUUUUUCAAUCAUACUGGAGCAAGCCUAAUCCACUGAUUGAUGAAGGCAGAGUUGAAUCGGUCGUCAACAAGUUUAUGACGAUGGGUUCCUUGAACUCAAGAGACUAUUUUUUGAAAAAAAUUCACAAAGUCAUUCAGAAGCCUGACCCCAAGAACGGUGAUCGCUUCCUACUCAACCUGGAACUUGGCUUGAACAACACCAAUCAAACUUUUCGGUUGUCAGAGCACGUUUACCAACCAAAAGGAAAAGACAACUUGUGCCUUCCUGAUGGAAUGAAUUGGAAUAAUAGCGCCAAGGUCUACUUCAUUCUACCUGUGAAAGAUCAAGGAAACUGGGUGCAACAUUUUAUCAAUCAACUUACUGACGCCAGUUUAUUAACCAAUGACACGAAUUUUCACGUAAUGGUGAUUGACUUUGAGAGUAAAGACAUCGAUAUGGCUAAGGCAUUCAACACAUCUUUACUCAGCAGCAGACAUAAUAUUAUUUCACUGACUGGUAAAUUCUACAAAACACUUGCAUUAAACAAGGCAGUGCAGCUUGUUCCUCAUGCUCAUGAUAUAAUUUUCCUAAUCGAUCUUCAUGUUGAUGUUCCAGCAGACAUCAUGGAUAGCGUGCGCAUGAACACCAUCGCAGGCCGGAUGACUUACUUUCCUGUUGUUGGUCGACUAGAGUGCGAUAGUUCUUCUAUAGAACACCGAGGCUUUUGGCAGAUGAAUGGCUACGGAAUUAUGGCCAUAUACAAGUCAGACUGGGACAAAUUUGGGGGAAUGAAUACAAGGGACUACAAAUACCGCUGGGGUGGAGAGGACUGGGACCUACUUAACCGCGUUAUGAUGUUACCUGUAGAAGUGGAACGGAUCAAGUAUCCAGGACUUUAUCAUCAUUAUCAUGCCAAGCAGAGACAGUGGAACUAGCUUGGUAACUACUGACGCACACUACUCAGCAUAAGUAGCAAGGAAAACAGUAUUCAGCGGGAGUCGUGGGAGGCUCUCUGAUGGCACGUUCAAGAGGUUCGUGUGGCAUCAUGAAAGUUUUGAAUUAUUUUAAGUGUUUCGAAAGAAAAUUAAUUCAUUCUAGGUCGGUCAGUCUUAAGUUUCACCACUUUCUUUUUUGUAUUGGUUGUAAUUUUGGUAUUCCAACUCCCUGUAAAAUAUCAUUACAAUCAUUGAGUUUUCUUUGUGGUUAGUAGUGCAAUCAGGUUAGCUUAUAUUCUUUCUUCAGGGUACUGUGCUGCAGCAUUAGAUGAGGAAUAGGUUUUCACACAUUUUUCGGCCAUAUCUAAAGAGUGGUUUUUGUUAGUGGUUUUUCGUAUCUGGCGUAGCACAGGUUCUUUUUGUAGAACCCCCAGUUUCAGGUGGUCUCUUGCCAUUGCUUUAUUAAGAUUAUAUCAGGAUGCGUAUGCUAGAAGACUGACUGACUGAUCCUAAAUAAACUUUUCAAAUUGAAUCUCG